UUGCACUGGACUAAGACCUUAUCGAUUGCUUCUGCCUGGGCUGACUCGCCUGGAUCGACUGCUCCUGUCUGGCCCGCCCCCGGGCGCGCGCGGGAAAAGUUUCCAGCCGGCUUGGCAGCCACAGCGACCCAGUCAACCCCCGCAAUCCCCACCAGCCUGCGCUUCCUCCUGUUGUUGCAGCUGACUCCCGGAGGUCUCCCGAAUCACACGAGUGGAAGCAGAGAAGCUCACGCCGCCGCCAUGUCCGAGGCUUAUUUCCGAGUGGAGUCGGGCGCGCUGGGACAGGAGGAGAACUUCCUUUCCUUGGACGACAUCCUGAUGUCCCACGAGAAGCUCCCGGUGCGCACAGAGAUCCCUAUUCCACGCCUCGGUGCAUUCUUCCCGGAGCGGAGCGGGGGGGCCGACACGGACAACGCGAUCCCUCAGGGCUCAAAGCUGGAACUCCCCUUGUGGUUGGCAAAGGGCCUUUUUGACAAUAAGCGGCGGAUCCUCUCUGUGGAUCUUCCCAAGAUCUACCAAGAGGGUUGGAGGACUGUGUUCAGUGCCGAUGCCAACGUGGUGGACCUCCACAAAAUGGGGCCCCAUUUCUACGGGUUUGGCUCCCAGCUCCUGCAUUUUGACAGUCCAGAGAAUGCAGACAUUUCCCAGUCUCUCCUACAGACAUUUAUUGGGCGUUUUCGCCGCAUCAUGGACUCCUCCCAGAAUGCUUACAAUGAAGACACUUCGGCACUGGUAGCCAGGUUGGACGAGAUGGAGAGGGGCUUAUUUCAAACAGGGCAGAAAGGACUGAAUGACUUUCAGUGUUGGGAGAAGGGGCAGGCUUCUCAGAUCACAGCUUCUAACCUUGUUCAGAACUACAAGAAGAGAAAGUUCACGGACAUGGAAAACUGAAGUCCCGAAAAACAUAGAGUUGCUCCUUGUAGACUUAACCCUGUGACCUUGAGAAGAGCCUAGUUGACCCUGUAAAGGGCCAGAGUCAUAUCUCUCUUCUCAUGGCCGGCCGCUGUCUCAGGAGAGGUGUCAUGUGAUUGGGAAAGGACAUGCUGGAGGAUGUCUCUGGCCCUGUAAGUCUCCAGAACUAUCCCAACCUGCUGACCCACAGCCCAGGAGCCACAACAGAGGA